ACUUUGGUGACGUUUAUAUCUUUAUUAAAAUUAAUCUGUUUAUUAUCUAUAUUGGUCUAGCUAUAAAAGAAGACCAAAAACUGAACGACCAUUAAAUGGUCUUAAAGAUUAAUCAUUUAAUAAAUUCAUAAAAGAAGAUGCAGGUGUUCAGUUUUAUCUCAAUUCUGUUGCUGUUUGGCAUGUGGAGUGGUUUUCCUCAACCCAACAGCGUAAGUGCAACCCCACUACCAGUAGACUGGAAUACUCUUCAAGUAGCUGGUUGUGUAGGUUGUUUUCUACCAGCCUCUACUUAUGCCAAAUUCAAACCCACACCCACUACACCCAGAGCGUUAGUAAGUGCAACCCCUCCACCAAUAGACUGGAAUACUUUUCAAGUAACUGGUUGUGUAGGUUGUUUUCUACCAGCAUCUACUUAUGCCACAUUCAAACCAAUCUCCACUACAACCAAAGUCUACUAUUUUUCAGAUAAGAUAGGAUGGUAUGUAUAGGUGAUUCUGAUGCCUGAGGAAGAGUGCUCAACUAGUAGGACACAGUACAGGGUGUUUGGUAGCGAAUGGGUCAUAGCUUAACCUUAGAUUCAUGAGGUUAAAAUAGGUCGAUAUGAGCUAACUUACCUACUUUAGUACUAAAAUUUAUAAUAAUCGAAACAUAGGGUGUCAAAGUUAAAAAAACCUCCGUUUAUCAAAUUUCGUGUCGUUAUCCCAUGACUGUCGGAAAAUAUUCAAGAAUAAAUAAAAUAAAUCUUAACUUUGACACACUAUAUUUCGGUUAUUAUUAAUAAAGCUCGGAUUUAUAGGCAACAAAAAUUGAAGAAAAAGGCGCCUAUAUAGGCAAAUAUUUUUAUUAAAAAAGGCAGGAAUAUUAACAUUUAGGCAAAAUAUAGGCAAUAAAGGAAUAUAACUUAUUAUUUAUAACCACUUAAAAUUUUAUCAUUAAUAGAAACAACUAAAUGUUUUUCAAUAAUUUCGGUCUUAAAAAUAUGUCUUCGAUCACUUAAAAUUAAUUUGUACAUUGAAAACGAACGUUCGAUAUCGACAGAUGUAAUUGGAGCAUAUUUCAGAGCGGAUAAUAAAUCUGGCAUAAUUUGAAAUUCCUCGGAAAAUGUGCCAUUCAAAACUUUAGCAACAUUAGAUAAAAACGCAAAACUUUCAUUCUUGUCGAAAACAUAUUUCAUUUUUUUAAAAAUUAAUUGACCGUUACUUCCAGAUGCCGAUUUAAUUUUCGUCUUUAAAUUAUCUAUUAAUUUUACUGACUCACAUAAAUUUAUCUCUUGUUUUUCUAAUAAGGUAAUUGUGGUAACUAUUAAUUUAUAAUUUUCAUUGAUAUAAGCGAGUUCCUGUUUCAAUUUGGGAUUUUUUAAUAUUUUUUUUGCUUCUCGAAUGGCUUCGGAAAUAUCAUCAUCAAAUUCUGACAUAACUAAUUCUAUUUCAUUGCAGUGUUCAAAGUAAAAAAAACUGCUUCAAGCCAGGUUCCCCACCUUGUAAUUACUGGUUUAGGUGGCAAAGGGACACCGGGAAGUCUUUCUUUAUAUAUUUGCACCCUCAAAGGAGCCUUUAUAAAAACUUUUUUCAUAAAAUUUAUAAAAUUAUUUACCAACGGAAACAGAUUUCUUAUUUCUUCAGCAAUUCUAUUUACCCCGUGGGCUACACAAGUGCAAUGAAUUAAAUUAGGAUAAAAAAUCAUUAAAUUAACAGCAGCUUUUAACAUAUAUGCCGAAGCAUCUGAAAGCAUUAAAACUAUUUUAUUCACUGGUAUAGGGUUGGGUAAAAAGAGGUUUGUUAAACUAUCUUGUAUAAAUAAAUCGACUUAUUGUUAAAUUGUUUGUUUUUCCAAUUCUUUAACGGCAACUAAAUAAGGUUUUCUCGCAAAGUUUUCGUUGAAAAUUCCAAUCACUAAAUUAGCUAUAUACCUGCCGCAUACAUCUGUCGUUUCAUCCAUGAUAAUAUACAAAAAAUUGCCCUCUAACUCCCGCUUAAUUUUUGAAAUACAUUCCACAUAACAUUUUUCCACAGUAUGUUUUCUCAAUGUACUCUCGUCCGGUAAGGAUUUAUUAAGAUACUUUUCGAAAAAGCAUUUAAAACUAGGGUUAUUAACUUUACAUAGAGGAAUGUUGGAUGCAGUCAUCAUCUGGCAUAAAUCAAAUUUAAAUGCGUCUUCCUCCUUUUUUUUUGAACUGCUUAAACUAUCCCGCAGAGAUAUUUGGUCUAACUUAGAGGAAUUUAAUUUUUCCAAAUUACGUUUAUGAAGUGGGGUUCCACAAUGCUGGUCAAUAAAGUACUUUUUUCUACUUGAAAUCUGAGAAUUUAAAAAUAAUAAUUAGAAUUCUAAAACCGCUUUAGAAUUUGGUUAUGUUGUGAGACGAGAAAAAAUAAAACUUACCGAUUUGCCGCAUGGUUUACAAAAUGCUCCUUCUAGAGAAAGUUCCGAAUAAGGUGCGAUCCAUAGCCUUAAUUCAGAUGUCAUCUUUUCACACAAAUGUCUAAAACGUUUUAAAACGUGUUCUUUGCUUUUCGGUAUACGCAACAAAACUAAACUAGGAUAUAGCAAUGUGUGACUAAACUCUGAUACAGUAACCGACUGUACAACUGAUAAUAAAAUAAUAAAGCUUAGGGAUUUCCAAAUAGUUAACCCUCAAGUCUCGAUCAGGUACAUUUUUCUAGAAAUCUGUUAUAUAAACAAACCAUUGAUAUUUUAUUAUUGACCCAAAAUUUUAUUAUAUAAUGGUUUAGUAAUAGAAUAAUAUCAUGGGUAGUACCAUGAAAUUUUAAAAAAGGCACAAAUAGGCGGAAUUUACGAAAAAAGGCAAAAAGUGCAAAAAACAAUUGUAAUAGGCAAAAUAGGCAAAAAAAGGCAUUUUGCCUAUAAUCCGAGCUAUAAUUAUCAAUUUUCGUACUAAAGAAAGUUAGCUUAAAUCGACCUAUUUUAACUUCAGGAAUGUAAGGUUAACUUAUGACCCAUUCGUUACCAAACACCAUGUAUAAUACUAUUAUUUGAUUUGUAUUUUCCCAUGAAUUAUCUAUUAUUUUAAUUAUAGCACGGGAUUAUCAUAAAUGUUGUAUCUAAAAA